AUGAAGUUAUCAACUGCCCUUAUUCUCAUCGCUGUAAUUGUCCUCACCACAACUACAACCCUUGCUGCCUUCAUUCAUAUCAAGAAGCCAAAAGGUCCAGUACAUCCCAACUCAUACAUUGUUGUGCUGAAAUCUGGUACAAAUAUGGAAGCUCAUAUCAAGGGUAUUACUCAAGUAUCCACCCGAAACCCUGGGUCAGAAUUUUCAGUCACUUACCAGUAUGAACAUAAGUUCCUGAAUGGUUACUCUGCACAUGCAACUGGAGCAUCCCUUACUCGCAUUCUCAGUCGCUUUGAAGUUGCUUAUGUUGAAUCUGAUGUCAUAAUCUCCAUUGACCAUGACCUCCAUGAAGUGAAUGAGAGGGAUGUGGCAGAACAUGACAAUGUUUCAGUUAAAAUGGAGGAAUGUGACAAAGCCCCAAUUGAAGCUCUUAUUUAUGCAGUAGAUACAGGUAUUAAGAUUAAUCACGCUGACUUGGAGGGACGUGCUUCUUGGGGUACUGUUGUUGGUGGUGGGUCCACGGAAGAUCUUAUCGGUCAUGGCACAGCUACUGCUGCAAUAGCAGUUGGGAAACUAUAUGGCAUAGCAACCCAUGCCAGAAUUAUUGCAGUCAAGGUUUCCUCUGAUGAUAAUGGCAAAACUUCUCUCGACUACAUACUCCAGGGCCUCCACUUCAUUUUUGGCCAAUUCCUAUUCAAUAAUCAUCUUCAUCCUUCCGUCACUUUGAUGUGUAUCUCCCUACCUCCAUCCUCUGCCAUUGCCGAUGCAGUCAAGGAGAUGAUUGCCACUGGGAUGCAUGUUGUAGUCUCUGCGGGGAAUAACAAGAUGGAUGCAAGUAACUCCAUUCCUCAAUCUGUUGAUGGAGUCAACACCAUUGGUGCUAUCAAUGGCAAGACAAACAUGAUAGCAUCCUUCUCUAACUAUGGAUCUGUCAUCAUUGCAUUUGCCCCAGGUGUCAACAUUCGAACUGCUGGAAUCAGGAGCAACACUGAAUCAGUCAGAAAGAGUGGCACUAGCAUGGCAGCUGCAUUUGUUGCAGGGGUGUUUGGUGAAGUUUUGGGUCAGGCAGCUGCUGAGAUACGUCCUGCUGACCUAACAAGAGGCUUAAAGAUUCAUGGUGAUGAAGUAGUUGAGGGCCAACCAACAGGAACCACGAAAUUGAGGGCACCAUUACCUUGGUAAUCCCAUGAUAAUUUCACAAAACAUCUUACCCUACUGUAGGAUUAUUGGAGGCAGUAUUUUGUUCUGAAUAGAUCACAAUUUUAUCUCAUGUAGACUCAGAUGAUGUUGCAGGCAUUUGUUAGAAAUGGA